AUGGAUGCUACAAGCAGUUAUUACUUACUUUCCAGGUUUUCCAAGCUACGGAAGAAACCUCAACAACCUCUCACUGAUCUAACCGAACUUUAUGGUAGAAUAGCUAAUCAAAGUAUCUACUAUUUGAAACUGGAGGAACAGAAGGAAUAUAAUGCUGCAUUACAAGGCUGGAAAGCCCUUAACACGGAUGUAAUGUACCAAAUUACUAUGCUUGAACGUGAAUAUCCAAAUACCCAGACUUAUUCCAGAGAGGAAGCAAGUUUGAAUACGGGUGUACGAGAACUCUAUCACAAGAGUUUAGGACAUUUGGAAAGGCUGAGGAAAAUUUGUGAGGAGGAAUCAUCGAAUAAGCCAGCUACUAAACCUUAUGUCAAUAUACCGAACGUUAAAAGCUCGAGAAGACCAGAUUCACAUUCACAUAAUGGACAUUCGUCAUUUAUCAGGAAACCAAUUUCAUACCCCAUUUCAUCUCAAGGUUUUCCAACUAAGAUGGCUACAACUUUACGUGAUCCUAAAGCACAAGCAAGGAAAGGUUAUCACAUUCCCAAUAGUUAUCCCAAGAAUAGCGGUGCUAGUGGUAACAGUAAUAGUAGCCAUAGAGUUAAUUUUGCACCAUCCAAACCUUUAGGCAAGAAGAGCAAUUUACCAAAGUCUUACCAAGAUGAUUAUGAAUCUGAAGAUAAUUUAAUAGAGGAAGAUGAUGAGGACAUUGUAGAUUCUAUGGGACAUUUCAAAGGGUUUGAUGAUGAUGAUAAAAUGUUUGCGCAUCUUACUAGUGACAGUGAUAAAAAUUCAGAUUUACAUUCUUCCAAUUCCCUAGAUUUUGAUCCGGAUGAAUUAUACGGUGACGAUGACGAGGACGCCGAUAAUGCCGAAGAGACCGAAGAGACCGAUGAUGAGAUGAGAAGACUUGAUAAUCGUAUUACGAACCUUUCCAUAGGCUCUACUAGUAACUUACCGGCAACAAAACCUACAGGUUCGUCAUCGUUGAGUGGAUCACCAGAGAGAAAUGGGGUUGAAACUGGUAAAAAUGCCGGUGUCAAUGCCCCCGUGAGGACACAGAGGAAAUCUAGAUCUCCUACGAGGAAUAUUGAUCUCAAACCUAAUAGGUCAACGCCUAAUUUACUUCACAAACCACACAGUAAUUCACCUUCUUCAUCAUUGACGCAUAAUAGACCUCAACAGGCUCAAAAUGCAGCUAAAAAAGUGUUAUCGCACCCACAAGAUCGUCCAAUUACCAAGAAAAGCUUACCAAGCGGCAAUAAUGGUACUUCAUCAUUAAAAAACCCAAAGAAACCUUUGACUAAGAAAACUACUAAACCUGUGGCAACGACAGCAAAUAGAAAGCCAAUUACUGCUGGCAAAGUCCCUAGCAAAAGACCGUAUGGUAACGCGUCUCAUUCCACUUCUUCGUACUCUACUGUACAAUCUACAACAUCUUCAUUCUCUUCCUCACCACCUACUGGACCACCAGUAGGUGGUGGAUCGUCAUCUUCAAAACCAAAGUCUGCUUCCACUGAUAACGAAGGGGACGAAGACGAAGAAGAAAAAAAGAGAUUGAAAGAAGCAUUGGAAGAUGAAAUUAUCGAUAGUCUACAUGGUGUAGAUAGAGCUGCUGCCAAGCAAAUUUUUGCUGAAAUCGUUGUACAUGGUGAUGAAGUUCAUUGGGAAGACAUUGCCGGAUUAGAAAGUGCAAAGGCUUCUUUGAAGGAAGCAGUCGUAUACCCAUUUUUGAGACCUGAUUUAUUCCGUGGAUUAAGAGAACCAAUCAGAGGAAUGUUGUUAUUUGGUCCCCCAGGUACGGGUAAAACUAUGUUAGCUCGUUCUGUUGCUACCGAAUCUCAUUCGACUUUUUUCUCAGUAAGUGCAUCUACACUGACAUCAAAAUAUUUAGGUGAAAGUGAAAAAUUGGUUAGGGCGCUAUUCGCUGUGGCAAAAAAGUUAUCACCAUCCAUUAUCUUUGUUGAUGAGAUUGAUUCCAUUAUGGGUAGUAGAAGCAACGAAGGUGAAAACGAAUCAAGUCGUAGAAUUAAAAAUGAAUUUUUAGUUCAGUGGUCUUCAUUGUCUUCUGCUGCUGCUGGUAAACAAAGUGGAUCUGAGGAAGAUGAUGAAAGAGUUUUAGUGCUUGCAGCUACCAAUUUACCGUGGUCUAUUGAUGAAGCCGCUAGAAGAAGAUUCGUCAGAAGGCAGUACAUCCCUCUGCCUGAACCAGAAACACGUAGCGUUCAACUGAGCAAACUUUUAUCCCAUCAGAAACAUACUUUGAGUGAGGAGGAUUUCCUAGAAUUAGUAGAAUUAACAGAUGGAUAUUCCGGAAGUGAUAUCACCUCGUUAGCAAAGGAUGCUGCCAUGGGACCAUUAAGAGAACUAGGUGAAAAACUAUUGCUAACACCAACGGAGAAUAUACGUUCUAUUGCAUUGAAAGACUUCAAGAGUAGUCUUCGAUAUAUUAAACCUUCAGUUUCACAAGAAGGUCUCGAAAAAUAUGAGGAUUGGGCUGCACAAUUUGGGUCAUCUGGUGCAUGA